AUGUCGAUCGACAACAACAGCUUCAUUCUUCGCUUGUCUAACGAAAUCUUGCGGGUCUGUUUCGAACACGUUGCCCAGCUUGAUCGCCAAUCAGGUUGCGAUGACUACAACAGACGGUAUGGAUCGGAGAAGGAACGUGUCCAUCUAGGUUCCUAUGAUCAAGAGCAAAUAAAUGCCCAACCCAAAGGACUAUGGUCGCUCGCUCUCACAUGCCGACGUUUCAACAGUCUUGCAAUGCCCAUCUUGUACACGACCGUUCACCUCAAUGCGCGUCAUUAUUUCUUCAGGACUAUCGACGACAAGCAAUCGCUCCUGUCUUGCAUCAUAGAUUUGAAGGUCAAGUGCAACGGCCAACGCAUGAAUGGUGAGGUGAUCAAGACUUUGGUCACGCUGCCUAAUCUCAAACGUCUGGACCUUGAUGGGGUAAAUAUUGACCCCGGAGAGGUGGAUUUGGGCCCAUCGCCUGAACAAGUUGGAACGUCAAGCCUUGUUGAGAUAAGCUUCUGGAACCUCCGCGCUAACCCAGAAGCUAUCAAACGAUUGCUAGAAUGGCCACGAAACCUCUACACCUUCAACCUCGACCAUAUGACAUGUGAUAACUCCAACUCGACAGAAGAACCCAAUGCUGCAUAUAGUUGGGAUUACGCAAAUCUCGCAGAUAUACUUCAAUCCCAGCGCCAAUCUCUACGUGUUUUGAAACUGGGGUGGUUAGAAGACAACGUCAAUCAAAGCGCAUUUUCAACAAGUGAUUAUCCCCAACUACACACCUUGACCUUAUGCGUCAACCACAAGUCAUUGGUCUCGGCCGUCUCUGGUAGUCACAGUCUUAAAACCUUGAUCCUGGAUCUUCACUCCAGAGAUGCGACGCGAGGCAUCUACAGCAAUAUCGAUAUAUUUCCGGUGGGACUUAUUGUAGCGGCGGUAGCACGUGUGCAGGGUCCCAAGUUGAUUUCUGAACCAAGUAUGUUUAAACUAGAGAGGAUCGGUUUUCGGGCUUUUAGUGAUGACUCGGUCUCACCUGAUCAGGAGCGAAAAUGCAUAUUCGGUGAUUAUACACGCAAGGCUCUUCUCAUUGGUAACUUGCUAUUGGUGCAAACAUUUGAUUUUCAGGAGUUUUGGGUUGGACCGAGUGGUGCUGAGUACACAUUGGACGAGGUUCGAAACUAUUGCAACUGCGAUAAAUGCAUUGAUUGGAAACUGGACUUUCCCGGUUGGUCCUAG